UUGACCAAACUCCGGCUCUACUAGUGGCCGGCACAUUCCCCUCUGUUUUUCGUCAUUUUUCUAAACACAAAAGGAAUGUCUCACUUCUGAACUUUCUUUCUUCUAAUAUUCUAUCCUCCCUAUAAACGUCUCUUCUUCUUUCCCUUUCUUUUUAUAGGAAAACCCCAGAAUCUUUUUCUUUUUUAAGAAGUAAAACAUGUCAUCAUACCAAUUAGAAUUCGAAAAUUUUCAAACCCAGCAUUGGGAAGAUCACAAUGAGAAAGAAGAGCGGGAAUUGGAAGAAGCGUUGUCGUUUUCCGAUCUUCCGAUCAUAACAACUACUACGGGAAAGGAUGAAGAAGAGGGAGCAAAAGAGGAGAACGACAAUGACAAUUCGGAGUUCAAUUUUGAUUUCGGGUCACUAGUCGGGUCAGUAAGGUCAUUAGAAGGUGAAAUGUGUGCCGCUGAUGAGGUUUUCUCCGGUGGUCAACUGCUUCCUUACCGGAACUCGGUCAGCUCAAUGUCCGGGUUGCGGAGUAUCUCGGUAUCCGACCCGGAUCGGAGAGGGUUCGGGUCGAGGAGUAGUAGUAGUCGAAGCAGCAGUGUUAGAAGCCAUUACUCCACCACCAGUAGUAGCGGUAGCGGUGGCGGUGGAGGUGGUGGUGGUAGUAGUUGUAGUUCUAUUAGUGCCAAAACUUUCCCUUUGGUAUCAAAAUCGUCUAAGGUUGUUCAAAACCAAAACCAAUUCCACUCGUACCCGAGCCCGAAACCGCAGAUUUUGGGCCCGGGUGCCCGUUACUCAACCUACGCCGCCUCACCCGCCGUGAAAAAGUCGAAAAUGUGGGAAGUGUUAAAGCUGGGAUUGGUACGGACACCGGAAAUUGAGCUACAAGGUCUGAAGUUACGUUGCAACAACCACCAUACAAACAAUUUUGGUAAUAAGACGACUUUCAUGAUUCCUCGUAAUAAUAGUACCGGUAGCAAUAGUAGUAGCAGCAGUAAUAAAGGCGGAAACAAUAACAACGAUGAUCGUGCUCGGAAAUCGUUUUCCGGCAACGGCGGUAAAAUUAGUGAGUUUUUCAUGUUGGAGAUGCAGAGGAGGAAGAAUAACAUAAAUCAAUCAUCGGAGAUUAUUCAAAAAACUGGGAAAGGUGGGUUUUUUAAGAAUUGUAAAUGUACAAUUGGGGUAAUAGAGCCAGUGCCUGUCGUUAGAUCAAAUAAUUGUAACAAGUUUGGAAAAGGCCAAAAUGUUCAACCUGCUGCAAGUCAAGUUAGAGAUGAAGACAAACAACAGAAACAGAAAGAGAAACAGGAACAGGAAAAACAUCAGCAACGGAGAAACAACGAAAUCCGACAAGGAGAGCAAGUGAUGUCACAUCAUCAUCAUCAUCAUCAUCAUCAUCAUCAUCAUCGAACAUUUGAAUGGUUAAAGAAUCUGUCCCAUGCAAGUAAUUCUUAGAUUUUAGGGAAAACUAGCUCUAAUCAAGAUAUUCAGAUUCUUUCACCAACACAUUCCGCAUGCCUUUUUUUUAUUAUUUUUAUUGUUAUAUAAAUUUUGUAAUCAGAGAAGAUGUACAAUUGAGUAAUUUUUUUAAUUGAGUGUAUUUUUAAGGAGA